UCAUCAUUUCGUGUCCUCACACUUUUCCAGAUCUAGCAUUCCGUUCCCGUUCCGUUCAAACAGUUUGUCUUUCUCACAUACACUUUCUUCCUUUGUUUGUCACCGCAGUUUCAAUCUCAGAUCCAACAUUGUUCAGUCCAAAUUCAACGCAUUCCAUGGCAAAUCCUGCAUCCGCAAGAUUCUCCGUUCUUAUUCUUCUCGUUUCUUUGCUAGUCAACAUCGCCGCCACCGCCGCCGAAUCGCCAGCUCCGACUCCGACGCCGGAUUUUCCUCCGUCGUCUUCUCCUCCUUUUCCUUCUCCUGCUCCGAAUCCUUCCACGGCCAAUUUUCCGCCAUCUCCAACUCCGGCGCCUUCUCAUCACUCGCCGCCGGCUCCUUCGCCUAGUAGCAAUCCUUCUCCGUCUCCGGCUCCGGCUCCAGUGGAUGAUGCACAUGACGGAGUUAGCCACGCCGGCGUGGACGGCAGCGACGGAAAAUCGUCCUCCUCCGGCGGAAUGAGUUCCGGCAAGAAAGCGGGAAUAGCGUUGGGAGUUAUCAUCGGUGCCGGAGUGGUUGUGUUGGGAGCGCUGGUGUACAAGAGGCGCCGCCAGAACAUUCAACGGUCUCAGUACGGAUACGCAGCCAGGAGAGAACUUCUGUAGGUUAUAAACAUUCAGUAAUAUUCUCGGUAGUUUUUUUUUUUUGUUUCUAAUUUCAAUUGCAUUAUAGAGAAUUCGUGAUCUCUGAAUUUCAAUUUCAAAAUUCAUUUUACAAAUUACUACAAAUUUGUUUUGUUCCUCCUAGUCCUAGCUAGUAGCAAAAUAUAGGUUGUUCAAAAAUUAUCCAUUCGUGUAUUGAAUUUUGGCUAUUCUUUGGUCUAUUGCCCAGGGAAUCCUCUAUCAUUCUGCUUGUUUUUUUGUUUUU